AUGCUUGGUUCAACAGCAACAACAAAUCGUGAUUAUCUAUUAUUCAGAUUAAAACGAAUAAUAAUUAAUUGUUAUAAAAUCUCUGAAGAUAUUCAUAUUGUAAAUCUAAGUUCACAUGUUGAUACAAUUGGUGUAACUAUUACGAAUAAACAAUCAUUAAUUGAUAUGUAUGCUCGAACAAAAGUUUUGGUUAAUCAUGUUGAAUCAUAUCGUCUUUACGAUGAACCUAUUAUUUUUCAAUAUUAUCUUCAAUUACCUUCAUUUAAUUCAGUUGUUAAACUUAUCUUCUUUGGUUUAAGUUUUUCAUUAUUUAUUAAAUUUAAACUUGACAUUCAUUGUUUACUUAAAUAUCUUGGUCUAUUUUCUGCUGGAUUAUUCGAACGACCUUCAUUUAAAAUGACAUGCGUAACUCAUACAGAAGAUAAUAUAUUGAUGUAUCAAAAAUGUCAAUUACCUGUGCAAGUAUAUAUUACUUAA